UUGCAAAGCUCCCGUCUGAACCGUUUGGGCCCGGUUAGAAAGUGACAGGACCAAUCAACGACGAGGGGAAGUACUCAGGUGGAGCGGCGGAGUCGUGAUGUAUACAGGCAGCAACAAGAGGCUGGUGCAAUCAUGACGGAAGAGCUUAGCGUGGAUGCUGCUAAAGCGGCAGUUUUAUCAAAACUUGACGACAUUUUAUUGUUAAAAGAAGAACAAAGAACAGCUGUGAGUUGUUUUCUUUACAGAAGUGACAAAAGUCGUGUGCUGACAUAUCUAUAGUUGCCAUGGUUUGCAUUAUUCCUCUGUAGCUGUGCACACGCAGCUCGCUAGCAGCUAUGUCCCGUGUUUUGUUGCUCUGAUUGGCCCGUAGAGAUGUGACAGACAGAAUGUUCAUCCAAUCACGCUCUGAGUUUUUUUCAAAGCCUCUGCCUUUUCUCAAACAUUUCCUGUUGAAGCUUUCCCACAGCCAUCUGGCAUGUCAGGUUAAAUGUUAACAGUAUCAACAAGAAUCAUAAACCCCACCUCCAAAGUGUGAGACCGUGUAAGAGUGGUCACAAAGUGCACCAGCUGCAGUCUGACUGAGCUUCCUGUUAGCUGAGAGUAGAGUAAGUCAGUUCUCAGCCUCUGCAGGGAGAGCAGCACACGUUUGCUCUUUCACUAUGGAGGCUACAGCCAAGUUUGACUUUGAAGCUACAGCCCCUGAUGAACUGAGCUUCAGGAAAGGAGAGCAAUUAAAGAUUCUUCAGACGAGUGGAAACUGGUACAAAGCAGAACACAAUGGAGACCUGGGGUUCGUACCCAAGAACUUCAUCAACCUCCAUCUGCCAAGCUGGUACCAGGAGGAUUGCAGUCGAACUGAUGCAAAGGAAAUGCUGAUGUCACAGCCUGUGGGUGCUUUUGUCAUACGAGGGAGCCAAACCUCAGCUGGGGACUUUUCUAUCACUGUCAGACAUGCAGAAGAUGUGCAGCACUUUAAAGUGUUACGUAACAGCAGGGGGCAGUAUUACCUUUGGACAGAAAAGUUCCCAUCCCUCAACCAGCUGGUGCAACAUUAUAAAAACAACUCGAUCUCCAUACAGACACAAAUAUUCCUAAAAGAGAUGCAGCAACAGCCUAACAGAGGAUUAGACAGCAAACAUUCUGCCCCUGCUCCUCCACCUGCAAGAUGCCCGCCCGUACCUGCACCACGACAGCACAAACCCUCCCCCAAACGGCAGGUCAGAGCUCUGUACAGCUUCCAUGCCGAAGAGACAGACGAGCUGGGUUUUGAUGUCGGAGACAUCAUCGAGGUCCUGGAGUGCUCUGACAAGGCCUGGUGGAAAGGCCAGCUGAGGGGCAAGACGGGCCUGUUCCCUUCCAACUACACCAAACCGCUCUGAGAGGAAUACAGACAAAACCACGUGGUAUUUCAGGAUCUUUUCAACCAAACAUGAGCUGUCUGACAACUAGACUCUUACUGGCAGCAAGUCACAAGCAUGCAACUAACAGGAAAAGAUGAAUAAGUGACAGAUGAUGAGAUUAAAAUGCAGAACAACAUGUUUGUCCUGGCACAAAACCUGCAAACGGGGAUUUCUUUUUACCAUCUUGGCAAACAAAAGGUUGGCGUCUUCUGAAACAGACAAAAUAGAAACUUUAAAAUCAGCUUAUUUCAGUCAUUGUGAGGAGUUAAACUCAUAUAACAGCUAUUCUAAAUAUGAAUCUCAAAAACAGAUUCUAUUACAACUGAAAUAAGUAUGACAUGCAGAAAUCACCUGUUUUAGUUAAGGUAUAAAUAUGGAACAUUUAGUUAGCAUACAAAAUACAGAGUAAUCCUGACAUAAUACUGACCUCUCAUAAAUAAUAGUGUACUGUCACUGCUUCAGUUUGCUUGACAUUUAGAUGAUUUUGCACAUUUAACAUUUCAUCUGUGGUUGAACUUUUGGAUGAAACGUUCAGUCUUCAUAUUUUAUAAGCCUUGAAAGAAUGAAUGAACGUGCUGUCUGCGUAUCUGUGUAUAAAAAUAACAUGAUAAUGUAAGUAUGAUACUAUGUGCCUUUUUGCAUUUUUACUGGUUUUAGCUG